UACGGGCAAGAAUUAAAAGAUUAUCUAGCUAUAAACCGUAACUCUUCAACUAUAGAAAAGAAACGUGCGAACCGCAGUGCAGUGCGUGCAGUGUGCGCUUUAUAUACAGAGCGACUAUAUCACACAACUAAUUUACAUCGCGAAUAUCGCGAUAGUGAAAGAAUGCUCGUCGUGUCGCCUGGAUCUGGAAUUUUUCAAAGAAUAUUGAAUUUUAUUAACCUAUCGCAUCGCGUGUUAAUUGCCAGAAGUUGCCACUGACACUUUUAUUCCUAUGUAGAUUCAUUCUUGUCUUGCCUCGUUUAGACCCCGCUUAUUGUUGUUAGACUCGCUCAAUGUUUUCCAAUUUGAAAUAUUUAAAAUUUUUAAUUUUGAACGGGCUUUGCUAUUCGUCCUAAAAAUUAUUUUUGAAGAAACUUGACGAAAUUGUGUAGGUGGAAAAUGUCGAAAUUUUUGUCAGUAUAACCUCCAAAGUUAGUGAAACCUCCAAAAAACCGCUCUCACCAUCAAUGGAUUGUACCACCGGUACUCGACCGUAUCAUAUUCUCAGACCCGAUCCAGAAGAUUGUAAAUGUGACGUUCAUGGCUACGAGACUGAAAAAGCUAGGUAUCGACACUUUGCUGAUAAGGAACGUCGACUUUGCGACGAGCUAAUUAAGGUCAAUCGUAAAAUGAUGGAUUUCACGUCAUCGAUGUUAGACAGCGCUUGCGAUAUGGAAGAGACGAUCAAAAGCAUUUACAAAACGGAUUAUGAGAAGAGGGGUCUACCCGUCACCCGUUACAGAUCAUUAAUGGCAGUGAUAGAUUCGCCAAUUAAAUCACAAAUUAUCGAUGUAAAAGACGCUUACAAAGAUCCGACCAGAUUUAGAUCCUCGGCUAUGGAAAGUUUAACAAUACAACCUGUCAAAACGAUAAAUCUCUUAAAUGAUAAAUGGGUUGUAGAAACGUGUUCUUUCUGGGACGAGUUAUUUACUGGCUGCUCCGAGUAUAUGGAUACUAUUAGUAAAAUGGGUUUAAUUAAUAUAAAAAAUCAACAGCGAUAUUUGGCGCCUCUCAUCUCUGUGUCGAGAAAACUUGGCAAUAAUUGCAAUUCUCUUAUUAAAGAUCGAUAAAGAGGGAAAGAGGGAAAUAUAUAUUAAUCAUAUCAAGGGAGAAAGAGAGAAGCAAAGAGAGAGAGAGAGACGAGGCAAUUGAGAAAAGACAAAAACUGAUACAUAUUGGUAAAUAUAUAUAAUAUAAAAUUGCGCAUUUAUAAGAUUAAAUGUAAAAAUUAAAAU